AUGAGGGUGAUUGCUUGCUCGCUCUGCGUGCUAUACCUAGGGGUCGACUUGUUAGGUGGGGUAGUAGAGGGGGCGGAUUUCAAGAGACGAGAUGGGGUGCAUCGUCUGGAGAAGGCGCACGUCACAGUCUUUCACGAUCUUAAUCGAAGGGGCACAACGACUUGCGCGACCGGAUACUCUUCCUGCGCGUCAAGCUUGGGUGGAGACUGUUGCGCAUCAGGCUAUGCAUGCGCGACGGAUUCUUGCUACGCGACCACAAGUGCACCGCAGACCUGCGCAGGAAAGUCUGGAUACUACCAGUGUGAUCCAGUCGUGGGUACCGGCUGUUGCCCAGAAGGAUAUAUGUGUGAAAGAGGUUCAAACUGCGUUCCGGCGUCUGGAGUAAUGUACUCUCAGUCAUGUCCGGCGAGUUACUACUUAUGCCCAGCUAGCUUGAGCUACGGCUGCUGUCGAGACGGACUCGGCUGCGCUGUGAGCGCUUGCUACUCGACAGAGCCCUCAACUGUUACGGAGACGACGACGAUCACUACGACGAACAAUGCCGCGCAGGCAAUAACCACGACAGUUACCGCUACUGCUGUACUGACACCCUCGAGACCUACCACGGCACCAAUAGUAGCGACAGGGGCAAGCGAUCCGGACCAAGUUGUGUUCAAGUACUAUCCAAGCACCGUUCCCAAAGAGCAACCUAUCCCGAGCAGCGACGACAGCAGUGAUGGACUGACCUCGGGACAAAUCGCGGGUAUCGUGGCUGGAGGAGUUGGCCUGCUCAUCAUUGUGCUGGUGACAGCGUGGAUCAUCAUUCGUCACCUCAACAAGGUUGUCCAGGCAGUCGAGACGAGCAACAAGGGAACUUCCUCUGGGGCCAAGUCACGUCCCUCGAUGUAUGAGUUCAAACCAACCCCGUCAGAGGUUGAUGAUUUGAGCAUAGACCCGCUCAUGAUGUCUCCUCGACCAUCACACCGCAGGCAUGAUUCUGAUACGACCGUCGACUUCACACCUCCGUAUCGUGGUACUCCAGGCUCUAUCGGCGACUAUCAGGCAGUGCCGCAAGGCUCGGGAUCCGAUCGACACGCCAGCUACGACUCGGCAUACACAGGGGGCUACUUCGAUGUCGCGCCAGACAGAAGUCAGCGCGCCAGCCAGGGGUCGAGCGCGUGGAUCGGUUUACAUCGUGGAAGUACGGAUUCACAAGGAACCUACGCGCACCUUCGCCACUGGAGCAAUGCCAGCGAAGCAAGCAGUGAUCACGGGAGCGCGGGCACUCGAACGCCACUCCAAGAGCUUGACUCUACGCCGUACGUACCAGAGUUGGCUGCCACACCCGUACCAGAUGCUACCGCAGAGACGCGUCGCCGGUCAGGGAGUGGCUUAUCGGGCAUGAGUCGGCCGCCUGCCGUCCAUCAGCGGAGAAGGAGUAGUGAAGGCGGUCACGGCAGAACGAGGAGUGAUAGUUCUGCGCCGGCUGGGCUGAGUGUCGUGAACGAGGCUUCAGAGCUCAUCGGCCAUUACGGCCCGACGGAUCGAGCGAACGGCCAGACGUCGAACGGAAAGUGA